AGGAGUACAGAUCAUGGCACUUCUUAGUGGCUUUGCUGGGGUAUAUACAGAGAGGUUUCUUCCAUGGUUAUUCUUUCAUCACUGUUUGCAUGAUUCUAAAUCAUGUUCUCAGUAUAUUUGCAGUGGAAUUGCUGUAUCCAUGGUAAUGAAAUAUGCAGAUAACAUUGUAAAGGUAUAUUCGACUUCUGUGGCAAUGCUUCUGACUGCAAUUGUAUUGGUAUUCCUGUUUCGGUUUCAUCUCUCCCUUGCAUUCUUUCUUGGAUCUACAGUUGUUUCUGUCUCGAUAUACCUCCACUCCAUUAGCAAGCCACCAAAGUGAGUAGAGAUAUUGAAGAUAAUGAAUCUGGGGGGUCAGCUAAGUGGUAAAGAAUGUCUGAUACCACCUGGUAAUCUGGGGAUACAAUCUUCGCAGCAAGUUGCACCAGUGAUCUUUGUUUGGAAUCAGGCAAGAUGUUUCAGAGGAAGCGAAAGUUUUGGUUCAUGAGAGAAAACAUUUUCAUGCGCUGAUGAACUCCUUUCUCGAUGGUGCUGGCUUCAACAAGUUCUGCAUCACGGAAGUUACUCAUAUGCGGAUUUGCUGGAAAAAAAAAAAUUUCAAUACUUUGUGAUUUGCUCACACUCAAACUGUAGUGAUAUAUUAGCACUUCCAAUUUUUCCUCAUCGAAUGAAAUUGCAUUAUAGCAUUUCAGAUUAAAAAUUUCUACAUUUGUGAGCAAAUAUCAUUCGUAAGUCAGUGCUUUCCUAUUCA